AUGAUUGGGAACGCCGCUGACAGGUGGGCGGUUCAGAGAAUGUUCAGUCCAGUAAGGUGUUCGAGAAUGAGAGCCACACAGUCAGCCACUCCUCCUUCCACCUGGUAUCUCCGGCCGGCUGCCGCCACGUCAUCACUAGGUGCCACGUCAGCUCCACCCACGCCCGCGCCAGCAGCUGACGUGGAGACGCAGCGGCUGCUCGAGCUGACUGGGGUGUUGAGCGAGGGGGGGCUGAAAUCAGUUGAAGGCAGAGGUGGAGCUGGAAGCGGAGGUACCCCCACACCUUCCACCAGGCUUGGGGAGGAGCUCGGCACUCCCGCCCACAGCAGCACUGGCGACGCCAGCAGCAUCAUCGGCAGCGCGGUCAGCAGCUCCAGCAACGCUGACAGCUCCAACCGCCAGUCCCCUGCAACCACCAGCUCAACGCCAGACCCACACCCACUCCCACAUGGCGUACACGGAGGGGAUGGAGGCGGGGGCGGGGAACAUUCAGCUGCACGUACAGCUACUGCUGCUGCUGUAGCCCACGAGGGGCAUGACGAGGGGGAUGGCACCUUCGUCAAAAUCCGCACGAGUGAGGAGAGCAUAUUUGUCAAUAGCAGCGUCAGCGCCCGCACCAGAAGUAGCACCAGCAGCACGAACAACUCACGUGCGUCCGAUUCGAAAGAUUUUUUGACAUUGCUAGACCAGCAGAAGAAGCAAAUAGAGGCAAAUAUGGCGGACAACGAGACACUACACAAGCUGAUAGAUGCUGACCGAGAUUGGAAUGAAGAGGAAGGACUGUCAGAUUGGUUGAAAGAGGGAGGCGACAAGGCCAAGAAGUUGCAAAGGCUGCUAAGAGCCGACUACGACGAGAGAGUUAGACUCGACAAUCGGGCGGUGUUUGCUGAAGGGGCAUUUCUAGGAGUCUGCGAUAAACAUUAUGAGGUUCAAGCGAGGGUUGACGAGUUGCAAUGUCAGUUGGAGGAGUAG